AAUUUUGAUUGAUGUUUUAUUUUAAUAUUGGUUUUUUCGUUUUCGAGCAAUUUUAUUUCUUUCGCGUUACUUUUAUCACCAAUUCAUUGAUAUCGCGAAUGGGAAUCAUCUUGCUUUCACGAUCGACGGACACACGGACGUCAGCAGACGGGAUCGUGUGAAAAUGGUCUAAACAGUUCCAAAUUGUGCCUAAGUUAUGAGAUUACGUUUUUACGACUUGCAGUAGCACGAACGAAAAUAGAUGAGAGUAUUGUAGCAGCAAACCGAUUCAGUUCGAGCGCGCUUGACCGGCGAACGCGAUAGAGACAAAAGCGGUGUAUAAAGUUUCUUAUUAAAGUAUAAAUUAAACAAGGGUGUAUAUUACCUUAUUACCAUACGUUCCAGGGCCGUCCGGCCGCCAUCUUGCGUUCGACCUUAUGUUCCGUUUUUUCGAAUAAGUGCAAUUAGGUACACGAACACGAUCCACACAUGCAUACACUCACAGACACGCUCCAAACAUACACAUACACGCGAGACACGUCGAGGAAAAAUGGAGUAAAACGAACUGUUACGCGUUAGGUUACCGUUUUUUAAAUUCUAUUUUCAAUUCAUCGCAUUCUCGAAUGUUGGGAUUUUCGUGAUCAACGAAGAGCUGGCCUGUCGUUCAUAUAGGGAUACACGGUUUUCACACCUACACACACACACGCACACACGAAUACACGCACGGGACACAAGUACAUGUGUACACAAUCAAGCGACCGACGUCGAUUCGACGAAAAGAAAGGGCACUGCCUUCGCGUGCACGCAGAUCUUCCCUCCCCGAAAUCGCUCGCAAUUUAUCUCAAAUGAUAAUGCAACAAAAUUAUUUUGUGUUUAAUCUAAAUUCCCGGCUGCGAUAUGCGCAUUUCUAUUCCCUGUUAUCGUUGCGCUCGAUAUAUAUAACGAGCAUUGCUCGUUGUCGAUAUCGAUCGCACACGAAUUACAUUUCAGGGAUGAACGCGAUGAUACUCGUCGUUGUUAUGCUCGCGAGAACAAUGAUUACGCGGAUAUCACUACGUGACUGUUCUUUUAUAUUUCAUCGUUUAUUACACAUUUGUACGCAAGUGUCGUCAACCGAUGCGGAAUUAAUUAUUAAUAUAAAAUUAAUAGAAUCAAGAAGCUAUAUUAAUUUUGAAAUAUAUUUAAUCAUCGAAAUUAGUGUGUUUUGCGAUAUUUGUGUAUUGCGCGUUUUUGCUUUAGAAAAUAUUAAUUGCAGAAUACAUUUUUUUGUGUAAAAAAAAAAAUAUUGGAUUCUUACCGUAAAAUAAUUACUAAAUAUGUCACUAAAUUUGAUAUUUACUUGAUUGAGUAACAACACUUGCUUGAUUGAAAAAGAUAGUACCUGAUUGAAAGAAAUAAUAUCUACUUGAUUAAAAUUGACCUGUCUACAUUUACUGCCUAUUUCUAUACAUUUAUUACGAGGACAAAUUCUGGAAUAUUAUAUUCCUUUCACGCCACUGAUGAAUAGAACAAACAAAAAAUAUAUACAACCGAAAACUCGCGAAGGGGAGAUCCGCGUGUUUGCGAGUCCGGCAAGUCCGCGCGAAUGCGCCUGAACCAAUGUAGCAAAUCGAGAUGGUCUUCCCCGUCGUCGGUCGAGAACUUGGUACCUUCCUGAUCGGCUUUAAUAAGCUUGUAAUUUGUAGGCUCUAGUCAUACAUUGACUCUAAAGGCAUAAAAAAAAAAGCUCGACGAACGAGCAGCAUCGUAUACGUUGACCGACCGUACGCGUGGUGACCGUAAAAUAAAUAAGAAAAAAAGAAAAAAAAAAGAAACAGAGUAUCGACCGAAUUGUGUUCAACUGGGCGAAUCGCCGCCGUCGUCUCGACGUCGGACGAUGAACAUGUAUCGUAGAUAGGGUAGAUAGAUAUACGAACAAGUCGGAAGAUUUGAGCGCGAGAAUGGCAACAUGGGGAAACUGGUGCUGAGAUCUCGUCUCCGAGGAGCCACGACGCAAGACGAAAGCUUCUCAUACUGCGACUGUCGGGAGUAUGUAUCUCUAAGUGUGACUCGCGACAGCUGGAAAUGAACGAGCUCUCCGCGAGAUUGUAUAUUUUCGCCUUUUUCUAUUUUUCGUUUCCCGUGCCGCACGGAUACUCCCAAGGCGUCAGAAUUCGGUCCGCUCUGAACAUUUUUAAUCGGCUUAAAUGAAUACAAACUGCCGUACCUUAAAUUGCGAGAAGCAAAGUAUUACAAAAUGGCGUUUUGAUAAAUUAUCGUGCAAUUAUUGAAUUGCAUCGACUAAUCGCAACGGUUUACUCGUUAAUUUGCGAAUAUAAUGAAUCGUAGAGGUGAAAUGAAUUUCGCGUAAUUCCGAUAUGAUGCCAAAUUAAAUGUCUCUUACAAUCAACAUAUAAUUCUAACAUAUAUGUAUAAUAAGAUUAUACGUAAAGAAAUUAUCGCAGAUUAUUAUAUAUAUCAAUAUCUUGCAAAUUCGUAUAUAAGUUUUUUUAAUAUAGAAAAUUUUAUAAAUAUCGAAAAUUGGCGGAAAAAAAGACAUCGAAAUUUGACAGUCGCCAGAUCCUCAUUCUUGCGAAGAGGCCGAUCAGAGACGAGCGUUCGCAGCACCAACUGAGCCUAGACUUUUCGACUAGUAGCGAUUAGGUAAAUGGCGCUGGUACUACGCAGCUAGCACCGAUGGUACUCGUAGUUUGGCGCUUUAAUUGUUUAUAUAUCGUGUUCUUUUCUAUAUACUAUCACUAUCGCCGGAACCCGGCCUGAUUGUGCAAAUCGCCGAGAUCGUGAUACGCCGAACCACGUUGCCGAAACGGACUUAUUCGUCGACGACGAGUGCCGAUAUUGUCGAAGAGAAACAAAUUUUCCUCCAAAUAGUCUUGAAUAUUUCGCCAAAUUAAUCUUAUCCGAUUAAAUAUUUCUGUCACUUUAUUUCGUUGUGCAAUUCGGACGAAAAAAAUAGUACGUAACAAUUCGAGUAAAAAUCUUCAGACGGCUCUUGAGACGUCUUUUGGCUUUUUUACGUUGUCGGAAAGAGACACUAGCGUGCGGGAAGUACAAGAAUUGAUAAAAUUGCAUUAUCUUUCGGAAGAUCGGUCGUCGGUACUCUUAAUCAAAUGACAGUACCAAAACCUGAAGUACGCCGGAAUUUCAAAGUACGACCAAUUAGUUUACGGACCAAGUACGCUGAAUCGCCGGUAACAAAUCAAUCAAAAGACACACACACGCUGAAAGAGAAGAAAAAGAAAACGCGUAAGUUCUGUCGUUUCGCGCGGUUUUCGCUGCACGGUCUCGGCGACGACGAUUUGAAGGCGGCGAUCAGGCCGGGUCUUCUCUACGGGCAACAAUGAUUUUAACGAUUAAUUAAAAAAGAAGUGAUUAUAAUCGAGGGAGAGAUAAAUUAAGGAAACUAAGCAUCCGAUCCUCGGAAAGUCCCCGAGCCCCUUCCUCCGCACCACCCUUACAACAGGAUUGAACCCCGCCAACGAAAACCUCCGCGCAAAACCUACUGCUCUCAACGCAACUUUCACCCCGCAGUUAACUUUUCUCCCCCCGGCCGCAUUCGCAUACUCGGCGGAUACGCGAAACAGCAUACCAGAGUAAUAACAGUACACGCAGUCUGCUCUCUAUAACAUUACAGCUACAACAACAGCCUCCCGAUACCAGUCGUCUCCUUACAGUAAUAAGACGGGCGGUCAGGGCGGGAUCGGCGGUGCGCCACGAUCGCGUUAGCGAAGAUCGCUAGAUACGCGCGACGAUUAGCACGACCAAUUGACAACGGAGCAUAUCACGAGGAACCGGUCGGUUGACGGCGGGACGUAGGAUGUUCUCGAGAACGCGUAAUCCAGAACGAGAGUUCAGCGACUCAAACUCGCGAUCAAUCACGCUCUAAUCGUUGCGACGACUGACUUGUGCGGUUCAUUCGACCUCGAGACAUCCGUCCUUCCGAAACAGACUCGGAACCUUGAUUCGGGUCCAAUCGGUAGAUUAGAGAUCGAGAGCGCGACUUGAUUGCGGCAGAUCGUCGAUCCCGGAUCGGACAAGCGCGCCCGCGCGCGACACCGGGCUGCAUACUCGCCCGGUGUUCAACGAGCAAAGCAAAACAAAAUAACCGGCAACAACAACACAUACACACUACAGGCAACAAUAGAACAUUUCUCUCAGCAUGGGCACGCGAGCGAUCGCGCGGCACCCGCGACCACGAUCGCCACGGGCGAUCGCGCGGCGUCCGCAACAGUCGCCGCGCGGCAAAGCAAAGAAAAUAGGAAAAAAAAUAAUAAUUAAAUAAAUAAACAGGUACAGAUUUACUAAAAGUCUCUACGUCAUAUACAUAUAUCCAGCAGUGAUUUACGCUAAUGCAGAUGCCACGAAGAGCAAUGCAAAAAAAAAAAACAAGGAUCGCCUCGGCCUCGAAUCGCGAUCGAUCGGCUGUCGGGCGAAUCGUCGGCCUGGAUUGUGGCCGACGAUCUCGCGAUAAUCUCGCGAUCGCAGACGCGUCGGGGGUACAACGACGAGAAAGUUCGAAUUUUCGCUCGGAAAACUGUCGCGCGAUUGCGACGAAGACAAUGGCGAAGGGACGUUGAAUCUUUCAGUCGAAUAAUCGAUCGCGACAUUGCGAGGCCAGGCGAGAUUUCCUACAAAUCAAAACCCGCAGUCAGCGCAGAAUAUAAACGAUAAGUGCAGAGGAAACAAACUACUAUAGUAUAAACAGAAAGGUAUAUUAUAUAUAAAAUAUAUUAAUUAUUAUUAUUAUGAUUCUUAUGAUUAUUAUUAUUAUUAAACGAUACAUAAAACAAUAUUAUUAAUAACACCGAAAAAAAAGUACUAUAUUACUACUAUUAUUAAUUAUUAUGAUUCUUAUUAUAAAUUUAAUGAAGACAAAAUAACAUUCCAACCGUCAAUGUGCCACACGACUUUUUAUAUGCUCUUAAGGAAAACUAAAAAAAAGAUGCUAACGCGAAGUUAGGGGUACGCGAGGUUAAACAGUACCGAGGUGAUCGUCGUAAAGCAGCAAGGAGAGGCUCGAAGCACGAAGCGUUUGUGCAAGGGCUGGUAAGGCUUAUACGUUAAGAAAGGCUCGGAGGGAGAUUGAGAGAAGGCUAACUUUAACGAGAAACGGGCGCCCUUUGUGUGAGCUUUUUUCCUUCGCUAUACCCGCGAGAGAGCACGUUGCUCACUUUGCAAUUAGGAAUCUUUCGUCGAAAGUUUACGUUUGCAGAACGACAAUUCAGCGAUUGCCGGAAUUAAAUAGUAAUCGAUAACUUUGCGAAUCUUUUUCUUACGGAUUUCAACUCUACGUUGCCGUCAGAUUUUUCCUUCGAGAACUACUAUUCGCCAAUCGCUUCUAAAAAAAAGUUGCAACUUCUCAAUAUAUUUUGAAACAAGGCGAACGAUUUGAAGAAUAGCGCGCCGCUAUUCGGUAUUAAUAUAAAAUUGUAAUUUAAACAGCGACUGCGAAAUCACCUGAUAAUUUAAUUCACUCACGGUCGACUGAAAUAUUCGCCGCAUAUUGGGCGCCAGACAGCAGAAUAAGCGGAAUAAAAGUGACAUAGAAACGUUUAUUAAAUUAAAAUGAAAAAAAAAAGCUUUUGGCACGUGCCAGAAAUAUUUGUCCAGGCGAACGAAAUUCUUGUCGGACAAGUAUUUUUACGAUUCGUUUAUAAUUUACGGCAUUCGCGAACGAACAGUUGGGUCAGUCUUCGCCGAAAGCUUAAUAUUGGACGCUUGAUCGAAAAUAUUAUAUUCUCUGUCCUUCGCGGAAGCGAAGUCUAUUGCGCGGUGCUCGUUCCGCGAGAAAAGAGCGUCGAGUUUCCGCCCCUCCCACGAUAGAUCGUUAGUGCAUUAUCGAUAGGAAACGCGUCCGUCGAUCGUGCGGCGGCGGGAGAACCGAAAACAAGCAUGCCAGUGAUUACGAUGAUUAUCAUCACGAUUGUAUAAUUAAGUAGAUGUAGGCGUAAGCACAUUUAUUAACUGGUUCAUUGAUUGCGUGCGUUAAUUGCCGUUGCGGCCGUUACGCACGCGAUAGCGAUUGGCGCCGGAGAGUGAUUAUCAUUAUUAUCAUCAUCAUUAUUAUCAUUAUUAUUAUUAUUAUGUGGUUAUUGUUAUAAAGGUGAGCGGGACUAUUAGAAUACACAUGCUAGUGUGAAGUACACAUAGGUAUGGACACACUUAUCCUCACACACACACACACACACACAUACGUACGGUGGACGUGGACACGACAAUGAUAUAUACACAUCAUACAUACACACAACCGCUGUUCAGAGACGCGAAGUAUUCCAAGACAUUUGAUGAUCCAUAUUACAUAUAAAUAUAUAUAGACAUAAAAAUAUAUAUAUAUGUAUAUACAUAUGCAAAUAUAAAUAUACCGAUAUAUGAAAAUUAUUCUAUGUAUACGUACAGUACAGUGAUUUAAAAGUAAAGAAAAGACUAAAUCUCUAUACAUAUAUGUGCAAGUAUUAUUUAUCUUACCGCGAUCAUAUGCAAAACCGCGGCAAAGGGAUCGCUGUCGCUUCAGAUACUACGAAACACAAAGCAUAUACUUACAUACACAUACACGUAAUCGCGCAGAGAUUCAACCGUGGGCGGUUUGCCUGUGUCAAAUGCAAAACCAACGGACGACGUACAUAAUACCGACUUACUUAUUACGAUAUACGUAUAUAUGUGUGCAUACGUAUGUAAUGUCGAUCGAAUAUUUACUGACGACGACGGUUGACUGACAUCGCCGUCAUUAUCAUCCUCAUCACAUCGUCAUCAUCAUUAUUGUUAUCGCCGUCGUCGUGUUAUGUCGUUAAAUAUCCCCGUAAGUUCGUUAUGAUAAUUAUCGGUUUCGCAAAUGACACUCGUACGUUCCUUUUUCAUCAUCGCGUAGCCUUAAUCGAUUGUCAUCUGUAAAAAAAAGAACGAUUAUAUUUCAGAACGAUUAUAUUUCGCUGAAGAUGAGACACGUUCAUACAUUGUGAACGAAUGUUAUUCGCGUCCAUAUACGAGAAAUGUAUUCUUAUAUAUCUGGAAGUUGUACAUUAAAUAUCAUUUGAAGCAAAUAGAUCUAUAAACGCUCUAAGAAUAUAAUUUCAAGAACUGUCGUUUUUUAUAAUCCGGUUUUUGGCGGUUUAUAUUUUAAGUUAGCUUUUUGUAUCACAAUUUUUUUAUAUUGAUUAUAUAACUUGUCGUUUCUUUCUCUACAUUUAUUAUUUUUAUCUGCUUAAUUUUUUUCGAUUUUUGCCAAAAUUACUUCUUACGCGAAAUAUCUGGUUUUGGAUAUUUUUGCUACUGAAAAUCACGGUUAUUUAUACAAAUUGGACUAAAUUGAAAGAACUAGAUUAUAUAGCAAUUUUUUAAUUUUUAGGUACUAAAUUCAAUGAUGAUGAUUAAUAACAUAUAUAUAUAUAAUUUCGUAUAACAUGUGCACACGUGGAUAUAUAUUGUAGACUGGAGUUAAAUAUUCGUUUUCUAUAUUAGAAUUUAGCUUUCUCCUCGGAAAUUCCAGAAAAUCGACAGACGAGAUUUCGAUGUUACUUUUUGACGCUCUUCAUGUACAAAGCGGCAGCUUGUCGGACAUUAACAAUCAAAAAUAUAUGUGUUCAUAAACGCGACUGCGUGAUCGUAAUCGAAAUCGUAAAAGAAACGAAAUGAUGCAAAACGAAAGAUUCUAAGCCGAAUAGGAAGAGGAGGUAAACGGGAAAGAGCAGUCAAUAUAUUCUCAAACAUCGAUUUCUCCUGAUACUUUUUGAUCUCCGUAGAUCAACGUCUGAUUCUUGCUCCUCUUCAUGAGUCCUCAAACUCGCGAAACGAUCGAUCUCCGCAUCGAUUUUCGAUCUCUCGUCGUUCCCGGGAUUUUCGUCAUUCCACAAUCAUUCCACCGCGUUCCUUUAGUCGUACUUUUCAGUAACUCGCUAUUCCGGGUGAAUCCACGUGAUCACCGGGAGGUCGACGGACAGAUCGUACGCGGCUGUGCAGAAUGCUACGUAAAUUCAUUCCAGUGGAAAUAUAGACUGCGAGUUCCUGCUAUAACAUUAAUUUCCUCCUUUUUGCUUCAAUUCUACUUCGUGGACCAUAAAAACUACAGGACUGCCGAACUCAAUCGAACAUCCAUCGAUACAUUUGUUCGUUUUCGUAACGCUAGCGUGCGAACAGCCGCAAUUCGAAUGUGUUUGCGUGCGUGGCACACUUGACUUGCGAGUGCAUUGAACGACAAGCUACGGUGCGAUUGUGAGUAUUGUGAAAAUACUUUUACUCUCCAUAUCCGCACGCUUGCUCUUCCGGGAGUAACAAAUUUCCUGGCAGGUGUGCGGAAGGUGCGUUGUAGCAAGGCACGCACGAUCAUAAAGAAGAUAUCGGAACGCGUUAUGAAGGAAAUGGGAAGGAACGUGUAAGCGAAGUCUAACAGCUCUCUCGAAUUAUAGCGAACGCGAAUGGCGCCCAUUGAUUUUGCUGAAAAUGACGGAGGUCGGAGGUUGUGAAUCAAGUUAAUCCCGUGAAAGGCAUAAGUUUCCGGUGCAAGUAUAAUCGGGUUAAAUAUAAGCCGUCUAUUCGCACCGGCAGAACUGAGCACUUGGACAUUAGCCGAAUUACACGAUGCCAUGAAAGACGGAAAGAUUUAAAAGACCUCUAAAUACGUCGUGGAAGACAUUUUGGACGUCUUUUAGAUAAUUGCGCGAUCUAAAUCAGUGCGUGUCGACGCUAAAUCCAGCAGAGCCCGCCGAGCCACGGAGCCAGCUACGCUGCUUUACCACGAUGCGUCCCAACGUUAAAUAAAUCGUAAUUCUAAUUUGGUUGUAUAUAGAUUGCGCGAAUCAUAUUUGUACAUACCGCGUAGACGUAUAUACGUUUUUCUGUAAAUUGAGGAACACGUUUUAAUAGCUCCGGUCGAUCGGACCCAUUCUUCUUCAUAGGCAAGGACACGCUUAGACAUCCGUUUUGAACCAGUCACGAUCCUAUGUUAAAUACUCAUCGGUGACGAUCGUACGAUCAUCGCGGCAGCGAUGACAGACUUUUCGCGCGGCUGCCGACGACCGGCGUUUCGGAAACCGAUCUCGAUGUUCCGACUGUGUCCAAUAAGAGAAACGCGACGUAAAUCGUGGAAACUGGAUUUUCGAGAAGAAGUUGGUCAGCUCUGCAGCUUUUCGGUAUUCGCGCGCGAUGACGAAUCGCUAGUUUUCGUCUCCGGUCACUCGAACGUCAACAUCUCUUCAUUACGCCGAAACGCCGUUCGUGCGGUCAGCAGCCGCCCAUGUAUAUUAUCCAUUGUUUUGCUCCUCAAGCGAUCCAUGUAACACGAUAGAUGUUUUGAAGGCACAGCAAUCGGCUGGAUCCUCAAGAGGUCGUCGACCGCGUUAGCGACGGUGUCCCAGCGCGACCGCAGACCGAUAUUAAUCACGAGGGGGUGGCGUCGGGAGCACUCGUUCUCUCCGCUAUGCCGAUCGAAUCCUAUUUACCGCUCUUCCCUUCGCCUGCGAAGAUGCGAUCGGCGUCUCUCUCUUCGUCGGGGGUGAAGGAGCGCACAAUUUCAGGAUCGAUCGCGAUAGUCACGCUAACGUCGAUGGUCGUCGACCUUCCGUCGAUUCGGCCACCAGGGCACCCCAUUAAACAGGGCGUUAAUUAAUCCCCAGCUAAUCAAGCAGCAGAGCCAGUUUCUAUCGCGUAAAACACCGCGGGCGCUUAUCCGGCGCCGUCGUUUUUAUCGUUGUAUCCAGCACGGCGGAAGCUUGUUUCUUAAACGAAGCACCCCUACCCCCUCCACCCUUUUUCCCCCCGCCGCCCCCCCCCCUAAACACACAUAGACAAACCCUAUCCGCGACCCUCUCAGCCCUCUCGAUUCAACCCCUCGUGUGGGAAGGACCCGGGUUCUCUACAACGGUGGCAGUAGCGAGCGGGUCAGUUACAGCCCGCCGACGUAACGUUUAGUAACGCGUCUUUUUUUGUACCUUACUUCUUUGUUCUCGUGUCCCUUCGUGAUCGUUCGUCAAGUACAACAACAACAACAACAACACAACAGUGCAAGCGGGAUAUAAAGCGUAUCUCACAGCGCUCAAUCGCGUACCUUCGUACCUUCUCGAUCGAGCGGCCGACGCUCGAUUGACCUUUACGCUCUACCCUCGAUCCCCUCCCUCCCGCCCUUCGUCCCCCUCUUUCCCUUUUCCGACGCCCUCGUCCCGGAUUUUCUCCCCCUUUUUGAUUUAAACGAUGUAUCUUGUAGUUGUUAAGAUUUAUCCGAGCUAAGUCCGAGGCGUAUCGAGGAUCGCACACAUUUCUCCCGACUCGGCGAUGAAUUACGACGCCGCAGCGUGCUAAAAAAAGGGAGCUUUAAUCAGGCGCGAAAAAGAAUGGAGCGUCCCGAUAGCGGAGGCAGUAAAAAUACGACGAGAAAAUUGACUUAUCGCCGGCCGUCGAUUGUUACCGAGUUAUCGCGCGAAAUGUCUAGGUAUUUCUCGGCGUUUUGCGCUGAAUGAUUGAGCGGUAAAAUCGUCUUGUCGAAAUAAUUGACGCCGUUGUGAUAAUCGUCGUCUUCGGUUAGCGCGCCGCAUUCCGGCGAAAUCCGGCGUAUCGAUGAAAGAAAGAACCGCGUUGAAAUGCCAAAUGAUCGUUCAGGGAUUGCUUUUAUAGCUGACGUAAUGCGAAAGCGUCCGCGGUAACGCGAGUCAGUUUGGACAAUAACAGUGCGAAUAGGUUCGCAAAACGUACUGUUAGAUCGGAAUUAAAAAAUUACGAAACAUCGCGGAGGAUUGAGAAUAUGCGAGAAUCGCGAUCUCGAUCCGCGAUACGCCUCGAUCCGACCCACCACCCUGUCUAGACGUAGCACUUUCCCGUAAGCUUGAAAAGGAACAUCGUACAUAAAGCUGACAGGAGCAACAUGACCAUACACACCUCUUUGCAAGCAUACGUAUAUACACACACACACACACACAUACACACACACAUACACGUUUCACGAGCGCGAACACGCGGGUAUAUACACGCAUAUACGUUCGUAACGAAGUAUACAGUCUUAGUGCAGUGUUUGAUAUAGUUAGAUAGAGGCGGCGAGAGAAUAUUUUUUAUAUUCUACAUGGAUUUUACAGUUAUAUAUUAUCGUUUCGUACCGGAAGGGAGAAAUUUAAGGCGCGUCUAACGCGGUAUAUAGAUACGCAUAUAUACUAUAUAUACGAAUACAGUAUACACAUACACAAACACAGACACACACACGUACACAGAAAGAAACAUACGUACACAUAUACACACGAUCUCUGAAAUACGUGUCGCCAUUUAUUGUUUAGACCGCGAUUGUGUAUAUUCGAUUAUCAAUUAUUCUUAUUGCGGUAGGCGCUGUCGUUUAUCGUAUAUACAUAUACGUGUAUACAUAUACGCACAUACACGCAAACACACCACUCACACACACACACACAUAGCGGACACAUGCAUACGUACGCGAUACGUAAGCAUUACGUGUCACUUCGUGAUCUCGUCGACGAUUAUAUUGUAUCUCAUCGUUCAACGACAGUGCGACAGGUUUAUCUAAGGACUCCUCGGGGGUCGAUCGAUUAAAUGCGGUGUCGACAGCGGACGCAAGUGCGUCAACGCGUCACCCCUCGCACCCCUUGCACUUUCUCCUUCCGGCCCGAAAGGCUUUUCCUUACUCCCGUUACGCGAAAGACAGUGCAUGCCGGAGGAAACACACGGCAGGAUCGAUCGCGAGAUACAUUGCAGGGCAUUUCUCUGACACGCGUACACAUAAACAUACAUACAUACAUGCAUACACACACGUACGAGUACAACGUACUUGCAAAUUAAUGUACUGAUCGUUUUUCAACGGAACGAGGUAGUCACGAGCAGAGAUUGAGACCGGUAUUAUUUUAGAGGUAGCGAUUUUCGUUGCUACGCAGAUACGGAAAAUAUAUACCAAUUGUCACACGAAUUGCUUUAGCGUGUCUAUUGCAUUUAAACUUAAAGAAUUAUAUACCGGUGCCGAUCUGCUGAUUACGAGGAACAGGAAAAGGAGGUACACAUAUAAAACACGCGUACAUGCGCCGGGCGAGAGCAAUUUCGGAAUCGAUUUAACGUAUACAAGUAUGAUAUAAUUAAGGUAUAUCCUUUAAAAUGUGUAAUUAGUAGUGUUAUUUUCGUUACGACUUUGUUUGAACGUUCGACACGAAGCGAUGAUUUGUUUUGUCGAGCGCACCGUCGAGGAAUCGAAACAAUCCCGAUUCCCGUCUGUCGAAACAAUGGCGGAUUUUAAGCUUCGAGUACUUUGAAUGAUUUUUUUCAAUUAGAAAAAUUUUUCACACGAUUACACCGCGCGCGAAAGAAUUUUACUGAUAAUAUUAAUAAUAAAUAUAUUACAAUCAAAAUUUUGUGAUAUUUUUCAUGGAUAUUGGAGUAUGAUAUCCGGAAUAUUUUUAAUGGGAUUCCAAGCGAUCGCUGGUAAAUCCGCCACUGUGUAUCAAAAGAAUAUCUCUUUAUUCGCGGAAAGAAGAUUUGUGUAAAUUUCACGAAUCGACGAAUGCGACUUCGACGGAGAAUCGGUGCCGGGCGAAAAAAACAAAAGAAAUGGUGCGCAUUUCGUGCGACAAGAUGCGAUCGAGGAAGGACGUUCGCGGGGAGAAUUAGGCGAGUAAUAAUUGACGAGGCGUGGCGAAGUGGAAAUUCAUCGGCGGUCGUCUGCUACUAAUUGGACCGCGAUCAAUUUUGGAGAAGCGAGCCAAUUUCGCGCCGAGCGAUAAACCAAUUGAAGACCAAGGACUGUUGAUAUUGUUAAUUGUUAAUGGAGUCGGGAAUAUAUCCGAUCUAAUUGAGGCUGCGACGUUAUCGUGGAAAAAGAAAAGAAAGUGCUUUGAAAAGUUAAACAGCGAUCACGCGUGAUAUGCAAAUCUACGAGGUAUGAUUAUCUUUCGUCCGCAGUCACCGUGAUUGAUAUUAUUAACUUGACGGCGAUUCCCGAGCUUUUUAAACGCGCAUGGAAAUUGAACACCGCGUUUUUCCGAUACGGCCACGUGCAAAAAAAAAUUCUCCUGAAAUCCAGGUUUUAGUUAUCGGAAACUGAAAUCCUCACAGUCUCUAUCUCCAUAUUAUUAUCGGAGAAUAUUAAAAUGCUAUCGAAGAUACUUCCAACCGAUUAUUAUCGAAAGCGGGGGCUUUAAUUAAAUUCUUUUUCAAUAAUUAGAUUUGACGUAAAAAAUAUAAAACCUUCUCUAAUCAUGUGAAUGGUACGGAUUUAUCUUUUAAAGUGAACACCGUAUAUUACCAAUGAUUUUCCACUUGGUUGCGAGCGCCGCAGUCAAAUACAAGGCUUUUACUACGAAAGCUUUAUAUUACAUUGGAGCGAGAAUGUAAUGCGAAGAGAGAAGCAAAAUUUAUCUUUAAUAAUAUGCGAAAUGGCGAUAAAACCAAUUUCAUGUAAGCCUUCCGAGCGUCUUUCACGCGACGAAUAUGACGGUGUGAGGUGAGUGAAGUGCAGUCGGAAACGGAAUCUUAAGCAGCGAAUGAGAGAAUGAGAGCGAAAGAGUAUGAGAGAGCGAGUAAGAGCGCGCGGAAGACGAGAGCGAGAAGAAAUCAAAGGGCAUUUUGUUGUGCGAUCUGUGAAUGAGUGCGAGAGAGUGGUGCGAUACGAUCGCGGUGCGUACGUGGUUCGUAGUUUUGAAACAUGUGAUACGUCAGCCGGCAAGCUCGACUUCCGGACAGCGACGAGGGGAAAGAAGGGCGGGGAGGGGAGGGUGAGAGAAAUCGACCGUUUUCCGGUCGACAAAUCAAAAAGACACGCGAAAGAGUCGAAAGUGUCGCCGGAGGUCGGCGCUGGCUGGGUGGCGCACCUUUUGAAGGUUUUUUGAGGUAGGACGCUCUUUUGUUGACGGUUGAUUGUUGUCAAAAUGGUUGUGAGGUAUAUUACUAUUUGAAGUAUGUUAACGAUACGCAGGCAGGUGAUACGAAGGGCAGAAUGAUAGGCGCGGCGCGACUCCGACGAGCGUACAGCCGUCCUGCGUCUUUGCGAUCAGUUUCUCUCAGGACGGCUCUCUUUUAACGAGAGGAAUGCGAAUAGUCCCAUGCGAACAAUACGACGAGCGGGGGUGGUUUUCCCGAAGUCGCGUCGCUCCGCUCGCGAAAGCCCGGCACGGGGAGACGAGAGGGGAAACGUGCGCUCUCCCGAUCUCGGGAUCACGCCGAGAGGCGAAAUUAGUGGUAGAUAUACGCGCGUGUACGUGGUAUGUGACGUCGCGAUGUAAAUUUGCUUUGACGUUGUUGAUCGUUGCGUGUGAGUUCGUUACUAGUCCGUCGGCGGUGUGAUUGCUUUACAAUUCCGCGAUUGCAAUUGAUACGGUCAGGUCGAAAAACCGAGAUCGAAUCGAUUUCACUGCGACCGACCGUCGAGUUCUCAAAUUUUAUUUAGAGAAAGCGAAAGCGGCAGAAUGUCAUUGCUCGCGCGACAAAGCGCGAAUGACAAUGCGAAACAAUUGCUCGUAUAUCUUCUUUGAAAGGAUUUAACACGGAUGAUUUGUUCGGUUUUCAACCGUGUUUCAAUUGGAACGAUUUUUAAUUAAUGAAGUUCAAACGUUACACUUUAAUACGUAAUUAGAAUGCUCAGGCUCUUGUUUUGAAUGCAUAAUGAUAUUCAUAAAUUGUAAACAAUUAUUAUACAUUCUAUUAAAACAUGUGUUGCAUUUAUGUUGAUGUUAGUUUAGAUGCGUGUAAUGUGUCUUUCGUACAAAGGUUUUUAUCGAUCAUACAUAAGAAUAUUGCGUAUUAAAUUGCAAUACGAAGGAUUUGCGGAUUUGUAGAAAGAGGUCGGAGAAAAAAUUAGAAACUAUACGAGCGGACAGAGGCCAAUUAGAGAAUACGUUUUUCGCGCAGCGCGCGAUUUACUGUAAAUUGUUAUUGUUAAUUAUUAUCACUUGUCAUGUGUGAUUAGGCGAAUGUUAAUUAGGACGCCAAAGAAGGCCGGACGCCUGAUCCCGCGGAUUAUUCUGCGAGUGCACGUUUUCCCUGAGAAAGGACGAACGCGUGAUACGCUGUCGUCUCCGAGAUGAAAAAAAAAGAAGAAAAUGUACAACUGGCAUUACAUUUAUACGCGGAGCCUGGUCCGAGCACGUAGCGCCGACGAUGAAUAGAAUCGAUGGCGUCGCGGCGCCUUCCCGCGUUCCCUCGAAAAUCUCGUAACGAACGCAGACACGCCGUCGACUCGACCAGGCUCGGCGGAAGAAAUAUGAGACUGACAUAAACCAGUAUUUGUGCGAGAAAUUGUAAGUUGCGAGAAAUUGCGUAGCCUUAAUAAUAAUAAAAAACAAAAGAAGUUGAUUAGAUUUAUUCGGCGACGCCAGUGGCGUCGGAUCCGCGAAAAAUUCUUUCAAUUGGCUGUAAGAAAAAAAAAGAAGAAAGGGAUAAGUAGAAGAAGUACCUCUCGCCGAGGUUCGGGGAAGGAUCGAGACGGUAUCGUCAGCGAUACCGUGGCGAGGACAUCGAGAGGUCCGUCCUCGCACGGCGAUGUAUCUAGUGAGAGUAAUGUUAUUAGGUAAACUUAAGCGUACUUUAAAAGCGAAGUGCGGACACACGGAGAACGGAACGCAAUGCCAGUUGUAAAAAUAUUAGGGUGUGAACGCGAGAAGAACGCGUUCCGGCGGCGAGACUCGUCCUCAGUGAUAACGAAGGUAUAUUCGCAAGGAAAGUGAGACGGGGGAGGGAGGUGGAGUGGAGAAAGUAAGACACACACGGGUAAAGCGGCACCGAGAUCGCAAGAGGGUGGGCGGGGGGAAGCGAAACGACGAGCACGGGGCACGAGACAAGCGAUAUGUAUACAAUGUAAUCGCGAUAUAUAUAUAUAUUUAUAUAUAUACAUAUAUAUAAAUAUAUGUGUAUGUAUAUUUUAUUAAACAGCGUUGAAAACGCGUAUUUAACUCCCGGCCACCGAAGGUACGGGAGCGUAUUUUUUUUUUUUGUCUUUUGGUUGUCAUUUUUCGCGGUACCGUUUUUUUCGGGGACACCCUAUCAUACGCUCCGCGAGAUACGGGUGGUUCCGAAUGGUACACACUCGCACAUAUACGCGACGCAACGCUGUCAUGUGUAUACGCGAUAGAUUAUUUCGGAAUACGGAUGCGGGGGACAAAGGGAAAUAGAGAAACGACAGCUUUACUGAUAGCGUGACAGUAGUUAUUUGCAACACGUGCACACACACGUAACACACACGCAUACACAUGUAAAGCGAUCCAAGCGAUACACACAAAAAAAAAAUUGUAUGAAUAUAACGUUUGCAGUUAGGUGGGACCAAAAACGACUUUAUAUCUCUAUGUGCAUAUCCAAGCAACGUGUAAUUUAAUUAAUGAAUUAAUUAAUUAUCCAUUAUUAAUGACUAGGUAAAGUAAAAGAUCCAUUGAUAGCGAUCGAGAACGAUGACGAAUGAUUAACGAGUAAUUAGCCUAUUAAGUUUGUUUAUUGAUACAUUAUUCUAUGAUAUAAUUAUUAUUAUUAUUAUUAACUUUAUUGCCUUUAUUAUUAUUAUUUUAUUAUUACAUUGAUUAAAAUGACGAUGAUAAUAUUAUUAUUUAAACAAUAUUUUAAGGCGAUUAUCUAGAUAUUGAGUAGAAAACAGUACGUAUCUAUAAUUAUUAAUUAUUUUUAAUUAUUAUUAUUAUUAUAUUCUUAUUAUUAUAUUAUUAUUAUUAUGAGACAUUUUGUUGUAUUAUUUUCAAUAAAAUCGAUUGAAAAAUAUUUAGUUCACCAAUUGGUUAAUUUUCGCUUCUCCGAUUGUAUUGUGCAACUGCAUGUUUCCAAUUUCUUUUCCGUUUUAGCCCUUGCAGUUGCACUUUAAACACGUAUUUUAAUGUACAAUGCAAGGUACAUCUUAAAAAUAACGAAAGAAAUUGAAACAGCUUAUUGUUCAUACACGGGGAAGCACGCCUUAUUCCAAAGUCUGUUGCGAUCUCACAAGAACGUUGUUCGCGAUUGUGAGCAAGUUUUCUGAAAUGAAUAGAGACUUCUAAAGAGAUAUUAAUCUAAAGACAUCCGGCGUCAAUAUAUUACAGUUUUAAAGUUCUAAUAGUUUUACAUAACUUUAAAUUCUUAUAAAAUCUUAUUUAUUAAAGCUUUGAGUACAUUAAUUUAAUAAACGAUUAAAAUUCCAGUAAAGUUAAAUUUUUUAAAUUAAUUAUAUUUACAUUCUUUAUAAAACUAUUGUCCUUAAAAAGUUGUUAGAAAACGACAAGAACAUAAAUAAUUGCGAAUUUAUGCUGUAAUAAGUAGCAGAAAAAUUAAAAAAUAAGGGGCAAUUUUGACACAUUAAUGAGAAAUCUGAUUUAAUACAUAGAAGAACUUGUGCAUUUUUAUAUUAGGAGAUACAAAUUGUACACGUUAAUUAAAAACACUCUUUUUUAUUAAUAAAGAUUUAUUGUUUUAAACUAGUGCAUUUUUAAAAAUAUUAGAAUAAUUUUUUGAAAUUAAAAUGUUCGCAAGAUCUUUGGUUCUCUCGGAAAGCUUGACACGCAGCGAACGGCGUGAUGAAUUGCGAUCGCAACUGCCACCAUAUCCCACCUGUAUGUAAUUUCUUUCUCUUAUUUUACUUUGAUUCACAAUGUUGAUUAAUUCCGUUAGCCGCGUCUGUAUACGAUUAUCUCUCCGCUACCCUCCGACCACUCAAUCCUUCAAAUCCCUCCUCUUCGUACCUCUCUAUCCCUCUUACUCUCACGUGUCUCCGGAUAAUUUUCAUGACUCGGAAGGACGGGGGAAAGACGGAACAAGGCUACCGAAAAGUGAAAGAAACGGGGAAUACGAGGUAAAACGGGGGGAGAAACGAUCGAACAAAGCGAAAGCCAGAGAGUGCGUGUUAUUAUGGGACAAAAAAAAAAGUAGGAGAACCAAAUGACGGAAGAAAAAGAAGAAGAAGACACGGAACAAUAGACAAAUGAGGAAAAAUAGUUGUAAAAGCCACACACAUAACGCGUACACACACACACGAAACACAAAUGUACUAAGUAAGUUCAUACUGCGUAUUGCCUUUCUGACUUCGGUGUGAAAAUAUAUAAAUAAAAAAAAGUCAGUCGCGCCGGGGCACGCGUAUGUUCGCGCGUACAUAUUAUACAUAUAUUAUAUAUUAUAGUUAUUAGCGUUCGGAGACGAUGAAUAGCUGCUUCCGCUUCUUCCUGCCGAUGUCCACGUAUUCCCAUUUCCCUUUUGAAAUUCGAUCAAUUCGAUGAAAUUGGUCGAGAAUUUUUCAACAGGUACAAACGCUUCGCAAAGAAGAUCGGAUGCGAUUUUCGACUUUUAUGUCCGAUCGAAAUCGCGUCAUUUUCCCUUUCAUCCACGAGUUUUCUUAAAUUUGAAAUUUAGGAUGCCGUUCAUCCAGUUUGACUCAUCCUCGAAUCAGGCGGACGCGGAAGCAGCGAACGGUAGCGUCCGUCGCGAAAACUUUUUUCACGGUUCCGUAAGAAAAAGUCCCACGCCGAAGUCCGCGCGUCCCCGCCGACUGUGUCUGUUUCAUGUUUUUCAAUAUUUGUAAUUUAUCGAUAAAAUUAUAAAAGGUAUCGAUACAUAACAGUCUAAAGUGUGCGCUACUCUACAUAAUAUUAUUAUAUAUAAAGUAUAAAAAAGUAUACAUUAUAUAUAUAUUAUAUAUAUAUACAUAUAUAUUAUAUAUGAAAAGUAUAAUAUAUAUAUUAUACAUACAUUGGGAUUGGUGAGAAUAUACGGUUUUUUCGCUUUGGAGUGUUAUUUUCUGAAAAUAUUGAACAAAAUAUGGAAAAAAAAAUUAAUAAAACCAAUGAGUAAAAACAAAACAAAGCCGUGUCCGUGUGAUUUUUUCUUCUCACCCGAUGGACGACACGUCGUCAACGACAGGCGAUUCUCUGUUGGAUUUCGCAGUUGUAUUCACAUUCCGUGAAUGCACAGAUGUGAGUAUCCGAUGCGAAUAAUUUUACAUGACGCGUAACCUGAUUUUCAAUUCAUAAUAUAUAAAAUCAUCUAACAUGUCGAGCUCUGAAAGAAGUUCAGUAUUUAAAGAAGACCACGAUAAAAUGAUUGAAAAUGAGGUUAUUUAAUAACAUAUAUUAUUUUUAAGAUCUAAUAGUUUAACGUGUUCUAAUUUACACAGAUUUAACCAUGGAUUUAUCUUUUAUUAAUUUUCUCAGUUAAUAUAUACGAGCAAAGGUUAAUUGAUGACUUAGAUUUUACCUUUGAUAUGUCAUAUUGAUUAUAUGUCGCAUUGACUAAUGCAAAAGUUACUAUCUUGCGAUGAUAAUAAUAUUGUAAAUUUCAAUUUGAGGUCACAGAUACGCGACGGGAUUAUAUGUAUAUGCCGAUACUUCCAAGCACUUUUAAAAGCCUUGUAGGGAAGGCAGUAAAGAUUGAGAUAGAAGAACCGCGAUAUGUCAUCGAGUUAGUGAAAUUUUUAAUAUAAAACUUUAGAUUUUAUAACAGUUGGAAUUACGAAGAAAUAUUUAAUCGCUGCGCAGAUUGCUAGGUGAUCUUUUGGGAGUCACAGAUUACAAAACUAACAAGGCUGCUUUCUGGUUUUUGGACACAAUAGCGCUUCAAGUUUUACGUUACAAACAUCUAGAUGAUCAUUAUAAAGGCGUUUUAAUUAGCUGGUUGGCAGGCGAAAUGAAAUUAAUUCGAGAUAAAAAACUCUGUCGCGAAAAUUUUAUCAAGGAAAUGAGAACUUUAUUUCUAUCUGCUGAAAAAUUAUUUAGUGAUGAUCAGUUACCGUACUGGGAAUUACUCGUGGAUGAACGUUCUGAAAUUAUAUCAAAAAAUCUCAUCACUGAUAAACUUGUCACAAAUAGAGCAAAAUAUUUAAUCACGAAUGAAUCGUCUAAAGAGGAAUUAAUGGCAGAAGAUAACGAGCGUGCAUCUCGAGAAAAUAAACAUUCUUUCGUUGAAAAAAGUUCGAAUAAUUAUAAUUAUAGAGAAUGCGAUAUACUUUCCGUUAAUUUAUUACUGUCUUUUUUUGUCGCACAGAAACGAAACAAUUUUUAUUUUAGUGUAACGAAUAAUGAAGAGAAACCAAAAAAUAUUGAACUACCAUUAAGCACAGAAAAUUCGCAAACAGACACAUUCACAGAUGCAAAUACGAUUAAUGAAUCCUCCAAUUUAAAAAAUCCAAGCAUCGUACUUGAUAUGAUUAUUGAAGCAACAUACAGCAUGUAUGCUAAUGAAUUGCGGUAUGCUCUUAUACAUGCAGUUUUCGUAAUGCCAAUACAAAUAAAAAUUUUUCACAUGCCACAUACUCUGCGCAAACCACGUCAAAUUAAACUCGCGGAUGAAAAAGGAUCAUUUGAUAUGCAACUUUGUCAACGCUUGGAGAGGACUGCUAAUGAAUUGACAAGUCGCGACCGCAACGGCAAGAAAUAUAAAGAAAAAGAAAAAACCAACAAUAUAAAAGAAGAGCGAACAGUAGCGGAAGAUUUAAAUAUGGAAAUUCCUCCGACGCCACGACCUUCUUUCAGCGAGGAUGAAGCAUUAGCCAACAAUCGUCGGUUUAUCUUGCCGUUAAUAGAAGCAAAGGAGGCGACACGGAUUUUCGAGAUGCAUACUGGAGAUACGUAACGAGGAUAAAUACAAACAAUCAUGAUCUAACGGUGUUAUAUCUAAUUUGACAAAACGACACGGAUCUUCCAAAUUCUGCUCAAGUUUUCCUAAUUGGCCGUACUUGUUGGUGCCA